CGUGAAGUGGAUGAAGAAGACGAGCCAGACUCCGCGCUGCCUCAUACAGGAAGAGCAGAAAAGUGCAAAGCAAAAAAAAAAAAAAAAAUCCGAUUCUGAAUUCGAUUGCACACACUUUGCACUUUGGGUUCGUGCGCCAGCCCCAGAACAUGCGCACAGGAAGACGGACCGCGCCAUGAGGACCGCGGUCAAACCGGAGGCGCUUUAACGACACGAAAAAGAGAAAAAAAAAAAAAAGAAGAAGAAGAAGGAGGAGAAGAGUUUGAAAUGGGAAAGUGAGCUGCCAGUUCGCCCCACACGAGUGAAAAUGUCAGAACACCGCUCCAGUUUUCUUCACAUCGGAGACAUCGUGUCACUUUACGCGGAAGGCGCCGUCAAUGGAUUCAUCAGCACUUUGGGGCUGGUGGACGACCGCUGCGUGGUCCAGCCCGACGCCGGAGACCUCGCCAAUCCUCCCAAGAAGUUCAGAGAUUGUCUGUUUAAGGUUUGCCCCAUGAACAGAUAUUCGGCGCAGAAACAGUUCUGGAAAGCCAAACAAGGAAAACAGGGAAACAACAACACACAGGCCGACCUCUUCAAGAAACUACAGCAUGCCGCAGAGCUGGAGCAGAAGCAGAAUGACUCGGAGAACAAAAAGCUGUUGGGAGAAAUCGUCAAAUACAGUAACGUCAUCCAGCUCCUUCACAUAAAGAGCAACAAAUACCUGACGGUGAACAAACGUCUGCCGGCGCUUCUGGAGAAAAACGCCAUGAGAGUUUCUCUGGAUCCCGACGGAAACGAGGGCUCCUGGUUCAACAUCCAGCCCUUCUGGAAGCUCCGCAGUGAAGGGGACAACGUGGUGGUCGGGGACAAGGUGGUGCUGAUGCCAGUGAACGCCGGGCAGCCGCUUCACGCCAGCAACAUCGAGCUCCUGGACAACCGAGGAUGCAAAGAGGUUAAUGCUGUGAACUGUAACACGAGCUGGAAAGUGGCUCUGUUCAUGAAGUUCAGUGAUUACAGAGAGGACAUUUUAAAAGGGGGCGACGUGGUGCGGCUGUUCCACGCCGAGCAGGAGAAGUUCCUCACGUCAGACGAGUACAAGAAACAGCAGCACGUGUUCCUCAGAACCACCCUGAGACAAUCGGCCACGUCCGCCACCAGCUCCAAGGCCCUGUGGGAGGUCGAGGUGGUGCACUACGACCCGUGCAGAGGGGGGGCGGGUCAGUGGAACAGCCUCUUUCGUUUCAAACAUUUGGCCACUGGAAAUUACCUGGCGGCUGAAAUAAACCCGGAGUUCAAAGACGACACGGAGCCCAAAUCCGAGCAGGAGAAUGGAACAGUUUUCUCCAAACGGAAGAACCAGGCGGCGGAGAAGAUCGCCUUCACCCUGGUGUCUGUGCCCCACGGGAACGACAUCUCCUCCCUGUUUGAGCUCGACGCCACCACCCUCCAGCGCGCCGACUGUCUGGUGCCCAGAAACUCGUACGUGCGUCUGAGGCAUCUUUGCACCAACACGUGGGUCACGAGCACGAACAUCCCCAUAGACACCGAGGAGGAGAGGCCCGUUAUGCUCAAGAUCGGCACUUGCCCGACUAAAGAGGACAAAGAGGCGUUUGCCAUCGUCUCUGUGGCGCGUUCCGAAGUCCGAGAUCUGGACUUUGCCAACGACGCAAACAAAGUCCUGGAGUCCACGGUGAGGAAACUCCGACACGGAAACAUCGCCCAGAAUGAACGCAGGUUUGUGACGAAGCUUAUGGAGGAGCUGAUUUUCUUCGUGUGCGUCGUCCCCAACAACGGGCAGGACGUCCUCUCCAUCGCCACGUCAACGCCGAACCGCGAAAGGCAGAAGCUCAUGAGGGAGCAGAACAUUCUAGAGCAGAUCUUCGGGAUCCUGAAGGCCCCGUUUGAGGAGCAAGGGGACGGGCCCAUGUUGAGGCUGGAGGAUUUGGGAGACCAGCGCUACGCACACUUUAAAUACAUGCUCCGACUCUGCUACAGAAUCCUGCGCCACUCCCAGCAGGACGCAAGAACCAGGCAAGUCCCCCUCACGAGGACUACUCACCCAGACACAGAGGUCAGGAGAGACCUUUUUCACAACGGUCUGAAGUGUCCAGAUGAGCACAUCGCAAAGAAGUUCUCCAUCAUGCAGUCUCAGAUCGGGUACGAGAUCCUGGCCGAAGACACCAUCACAGCUCUGCUCCACAACAACCGCAAACUCCUGGAGAAACACAUCACGGCCAAAGAGAUCGAGACCUUUGUCAAUCUGCUCCGGAGGAACCGAGAACCCAGGUUUUUGGACUAUCUUUCGGAUCUGUGCGUGUCGAAUAAAACUGCGAUCCCCGUCACACAGGAGCUGAUCUGCAAAUUCAUGCUGAACCCCACCAACGCAGACAUCCUGAUCCAGACCAAACUCAUAGCGAACACGGAGUCGACGCUGGAGUCGUCCAUGAUGCAGGAGGAGGGCGAGGAGGAGGAGGUGUGGCUCUACUGGAUCGACAGCCACAAAGAGCCUCAUGGGAAAUCAAUCAGACACUUGGCCCAGGACGCCAAAGGAAACCACAAGAUGGACGUGGACAUCAUCACGUACUACAGGUACCAGCUGAACCUGUUUGCCCGCAUGUGUCUGGACCGUCAGUAUUUGGCCAUAAACCAGGUGUCGACGCAGCUGCCCGUGGACCUGAUCCUCCGCUGCAUGUUCGACGACUGUUUGCCCUUUAACCUGCGCGCCUCCUUCUGCCGCCUGAUGCUGCACAUGCACGUGGACCGCGACCCCCAGGAGUCCGUGGUGCCCGUGCGCUACGCCCGCCUCUGGACCGAGAUCCCGUCCGAAAUCACCAUCCACGAUUUUGAGUACGAGUCGACCGACACGUCUCGAGAGGAGAUGAAGAGGAAGUUCUCCCCCAUCAUGGACUUUGUAGAAGAGUAUCUCAAAGACGUGGUCAGCCAACCAUUUCCAUUCGGGGACAAAGACAAGAACGAACUCACACUCGAGGUGGUGAACUUGGCUCGUAACUUGGUUUACUUUGGCUUCUACAGUUUCAGCGAGCUCCUGCGGCUCACGCGCACCCUGCUGGCCAUCCUCGAUAUCGUCCAGCACCCACUCACCUUCAUGAACAAACUCAGCAAGAGCCCAGAGGCCGGCAAUAACGUCCUGCGUACGAUCCACGGCGUGGGCGAGAUGAUGACUCAGAUGGUGAUGAGCAGAGGGGUGCCGCACAGCCUCCCCGACUCGCCGCCCUCGCUCAGAUACGCCAAGGGCCACUUCCUCCCGGACACCGAAGACGUCAUGGUCAUGGACACCAAGCUGAAGAUCAUCGAGAUCCUGCAGUUCAUCUUAAGUGUUCGUCUGGACUACAGGAUCACGUACCUGCUGUCGAUUUACAAGAAAGAAUUUGGAGACAAGAACUUAUCCACGGAGAGUUUUUUCAUUCCGUCAGACCCAGACAUCGACGAGAUCGCGACCCGUGCUGAGUGCAUGUUUGCAGGAAGCACUGAGGUCUGCGCCGUGGAGCUGGACGACGAGGGCGGUCGCACGUUUUUGCGGGUUUUAAUUCACCUGAUCAUGCAGGACUACCCCCCGCUGGUGUCUGGAUCUCUGCAGCUCAUCUUCAAACACUUCAGCCAGAGAGCCGAGGUGCUGCAGGCCUUCAAGCAGGUAAGUGUGUGUGUGUCAGAACAGGAUGUGGAGAACUACAAACAGAUCAAGACGGACCUGGACCAGCUCCGCCUCACGGUGGAGAAAUCUGAGCUGUGGGUGGAGAAGAGCGGAGAACUACGACCGGGCAAAGAACACAACAUCGAGGAAACGGUUCUGAGUCCAGUUCAGGACGGAGACCACAAACCCCAGAUCGACAGCAACAAAGCCAACAACUACAACAUCGUUAAAGAGAUCCUCCUGCGUCUGAGUAAACUCUGUUAUCCCAGUAAGAAGAGCCGUGUGCAGCAGCAGAGGCUCCUGAAGAACAUGGGCGCCCACACGGUGGUGCUGGACCUGCUGCAGAUCCCCUACGAGAAGACCGACGAGAAGAUGAACGAGAUCAUGACGCUGGCUCACACGUUUCUGCAGAACUUCUGCAGAGGAAACCCUCAGAACCAAGCUCUGCUCCACAAACACCUGAACCUGUUCCUCACUCCAGGGCUGCUGGAGGCGGAGACGAUGCGUCACAUCUUUAUGAAUAAUUACCAGCUGUGCCACGAGAUCAGCGACCGCGUCGUCCACCAUUUUGUCCACUCCAUCGAAACUCACGGACGCCACGUUCAGUAUCUGCGAUUUCUCCAAACCAUCGUCAGGGCGGACGGCAAGUUUGUGAAGAAAUGUCAAGACAAAGUCAUGACCGAGCUGGUGAACGGCGGCGAGGACGUGCUGGUCUUUUAUAACGACCGCUCGUCGUUCCCGGUGCUGCUGCAGAUGAUGGGGUCCGAGCGCGAGCGCGGGGACGAGGGCGGGGCGCUGGCGUAUCACAUGACCCUGGUGGAGCUGCUCGCCGGCUGCACCGAGGGCAAGAACGUCUACACAGAACUGAAGUGCCACUCUCUCCUGCCCCUGGACGACAUCGUCAAAGUGGUGGCAGACCCUCAGUGCAUCCCCGAGGUGAAAACUGCGUACGUCAAUUUUGUCAAUCACUGUUACGUGGACACUGAGGUGGAAAUGAAGGAGAUUUACACGUCCAAUCACAUCUGGAAACUGUUCGACAACUUCCUCGUCGACAUCUCCAGUGUUUGCAACAGCACCACAGACCGUAACCACGCCGACCAGGCCCUGGAGAAGUACGUGACAGAGACCGUGAUGGCCAUCGUCAAGGGCUUCUUCAGCUCACCUUUUUCUGUCAACCACUCCAACCUCCAGACAAACCAGUCUGUGUUUAUUAAACUGCUGCAGUCGGCGUUCAGACUCUACAGCUGCACCUGGAUCAGCUCCGCUCAGAAAACCAACAUCGAGAGCUGCAUCAAAACUCUGGCAGAUGUGGCCAAAGCUCGGGCCAUCGCGAUCCCGGUGGACCUGGACAGUCAGGUGAACACUCUGUCUCUGAAGGUUCACACAAACAUGGUCCACAGAGCGGCCAAAGACUGGAGGAUCUCUGCUCGAAACCGCCCCCGAAAAGAGCCUCUGGGAGGACCCGACUACAGGAACAUCAUCGAAAAACUACAGGGCGUGGUGUCGUGUCUGGAGGAGCAGUUCAGUCCUAAAGUCCAGGCUGAGUUCUCUGUUCUGGUCGACGUUCUGCACAGUCCUGAACUCCUGUUUCCAGAACCGGCACGAGUCCGAUGUGAGAGCGGAGCCUUCAUGUCCAAGCUGAUCAAACACACCAAGACUCUGAUGGAGAAAGAGGAGAAGCUCUGCAUAAAGGUGCUGCAGACGCUGAGGGAGAUGCUGGACAAAAAGGAGCUCUACCAGGAAUCGGGAAAUGAGCUACGGAAGAUUCUCCUCACGCGAUACUUCGGAAAUCAAAAGCUCCACUCGAAGACGGAGCACGGCGGCGGAACCAGCUCCACCGGCGCCUUCUCCAAACCCUCGUCUGGAGGAGGCUCGCCGCUGCUGGACGUGGACAAACCGGGCAGCAGCGUGGUGGAGAUCCAGUGUCUGCUGGACAGUGUGGGCGCCUCGGAGCUGGUGAUCGAUCUGAUCGUCAGCACCAAGAACGACCGAGUGUUUGAGGAGAGCAUCCUGCUGGGCAUCGCUCUGCUGCAGGGAGGAAACACACAGAUACAGAAUUCCUUUUACCACCAGCUCCACAAACAGAAGAAGUCGGAGCGUUUCUUCAAAGUUUUCUUCGACCACAUGCAGGUGGCUCAGCAGGAGAUCAGAGCCACCGUGUCCGUCAACAUGUUCGAGCUGAGCAGCCGGAAGAGAGAGGACGACGGCGAGGGGGGCGGGGCCGGACGCUUCAAGAAAGGUAAAGACUCGAGCCUGCACAUGAGGGACGACAUGCGUGGACAGCUGAAGGAGGCGUCCUCGGCCACGUCCAAGGCCUUCACCGCCUACAGGAAGGAGCUGGAGCCCGACCUGGAGGGCCUGGGUCAGAACAGCGAGGCCCUGGGCUCGGAGGAGGUCCUGGAGGAGACCCAGAUGAGCCCCUCCAUCUCCAUCAUGAACCCCAUCCUCCGCUACCUCCAGCUGCUCUGUGAGAACCACAACUCAGAGCUGCAGAACUUCCUGAGAAACCAGAACAAUAAGACCAACUAUAACCUGGUGUGUGAGACUCUGCAGUUUCUCGACUGCAUCUGCGGCAGCACCACAGGAGGCCUGGGGCUGCUGGGCCUUUACAUCAACGAGAGCAACGUGGACCUGGUCCGACAGACUCUGGAGACCAUCACCGAGUACUGCCAAGGCCCCUGCCACGAGAACCAGUCGUGCAUCGCCAGACACGAGUCCAACGGCAUCGACAUCAUCAUCGCUCUGAUCGUGAACCCCAUAAACCCUCUGGGGAAGAACCGUCUGGACCUGGUGCUGGAGCUGAAGAACAACGCCUCCAAACUCCUGCUGGCGAUCAUGGAGAGUCGCCACGACAGCGAGAACGCCGAGAAGAUCCUCUACAAGAUGAGGCCCACAGAGCUGGUGGACGUGAUGAAGGAGGCGUACACUCAGGGUCUGGAGAGUGAGGAGGAGGAGGACAGCGUCGGAGACAAGAUCCGGUCCAGAGACGUGGGACACAACAUCUACAUCCUCGCUCAUCAGUUGGCGAGGCAUAAUAAGCUCCUGCAGCAGAGCCUGAGGCCGGGGGCGGGGCCUGGUUUGACCGUCGACGUGGACAGCGAGAAAGACGACGCUCUGCAUUACUACGCCAACCACACGGCGCAGAUCGAGAUCGUGCGUCAUGACCGGACCAUGGAGCAGAUCGUUUUCCCGGUGCCGAACAUCUGCGAGUAUCUGACCGAAGAGUCCAAGGUCCGAGUCUUCACCACCACCGAGCGGGACGACCAGGGCAGCAAGGUCAACGACUUCUUCCAGCAGUUCGACAAUCUGUACAACGAGAUGAGGUGGCAGAAGAAGAUCCGGAAAAAUAAAGCUCUGUUCUGGUUUUCUCGGCACAUUUCUCUCUGGGGAAGCAUCUCGUUUUAUUUGGCGUUUUUACUGAACGUGGUCGUGGCCGUGUUCUACCCCUUCGGCGACGACGAUGAUGAAGGGACUCUGUCUCCGCUCUGGAACCUUCUGCUGUGGGUGUCUCUGGGCACCUUCACCACCCUCCUGCCCGUCGUGCCCAAACCCUGGGGCAUCCUCUUCUUCCUGGUGUCGCUGAUCCUCAGAGCCAUUUACACCAUGGGCCUGGGUCCGGCUCUGCUGCUGCUCGGCACCGUCAACCUCUUCAACAAGUUAGUUUUUCUCGUGAGUUUUGUCGGGAACCAGGGAACCUUCACUCGAGGUUACCAGGCCGUCGUCAUGGACACGCUGUUCGUUUACCAUCUGGCCUACGCCCUCAUCUGCGUCCUCGGACUCUUCGUGCACGAGUUCUUCUACAGCUUUUUGUUGUUCGACCUGGUGAUCCGUGAGGAGACUCUGCUGAACGUGAUCAAGAGCGUGACGAGGAACGGUCGCUCCAUCAUCCUCACCGCCAUCCUCGCCAUCUUCCUCGUCUACUUCUUCUCCAUCAUCGGCUUCCUCUUCUUCAAGCACGACUUCCGCAUGGAGGUGGACCGGCUUUCAGCUGCAGAGAGAAGAGAUCUGGUGAGCAACAACGGCCUGGCAAACACGUGCGGCAAAGACAGCUGCCCGACUGACAGGGGCGAUGACGGGACGGAGCGCGUCUGUGACACUCUGCUCAUGUGCAUCAUCACCGUCUUAAACCAGGGACUGAGGAACGGAGGAGGAGUCGGGGACAUCCUCCGGAGACCCUCCAAAGAGGAGCCUCUGUUCGCCGCCCGCGUGGUGUACGACCUCCUCUUCUUCUUCGUCGUCAUCAUCAUCGUGCUGAACCUGAUCUUCGGCGUCAUCAUCGACACUUUCGCCGACCUGAGGAGCGAGAAGCAGCGGAAGGAGGAGAUCCUCAAAACCACCUGCUUCAUUUGUGGUUUGGAGAGGGACAAAUUCGACAACAAAACCGUGUCGUUUGAGGAACACAUCAAGUUCGAGCACAACAUGUGGCACUACCUGUACUUCCUGGUCCUGGUGCGGGUCAAAGAUCCCACAGAGUACACGGGCCCCGAGAGCUACGUGGCUCAGAUGAUCGCGGAGAAGAACCUGGAGUGGUUUCCGAGGAUGAGGGCCAUGUCUCUGGUGAGCAGCGAGGGCGACAGUGAACAGAACGAGAUGCGCUGCCUCCAGGACAAACUCGACAGCACCGUGACUCUGGUGGCUCAACUGUCCAGCCAACUCGCCGAACUCAAGGAACAGAUGACCGAGCAGAGGAAGAACAAGCAGCGUUUGGGUUUUUUAGGUUCUCAGUCGAACCACCACAUCCCGUCUCACUGAGCCCGGACGCCCGCCGCCACCCGAGGGCGACGCUCCACGUGACGCCCUGCACCCGCCGCCGCCACAAACACUCUGCUCCUGUCUGUACCGGUGCACCUGUCACUCACCUGCCAGCGCUCCUGUCAGACGUCCUUUGUGUUCAGAGUCAGAGUUAUGCAACGACCGUGUGGAACAUUUAACCACGAGUGCCUCUGGACGGGCAAGAGAGGGACUCAGCCUGGUCCAGGACUGGUUUAGUCCAAGUCUAGGCCUGGUUUAGUCCAAGUCUAGGCCUGGUUUAGUCCAAGUCUAGGCCUGGUUUAGUCUUAUUCUAAUCCAAGUUUAAUCUUGGUUUACUCUAGUCAAUGUUUUGUCCUGAUCUAAUCCUGGUUUAGUCUGGGUCUAGGCUUGGUUUAGUCCUGGUCUAGUCCAUGUUUCUUCCUGGCCUAAUCCUUGUUUAGUCCUGGUCUAACCCAGGUUUAGUCUUGGUCUUUUCCUAGGUUAGUCUUGGUCUAAUCCUGGUUUGGUUUUAGUCUUGGUGUUGGCCUGGUUUAAUCUUGGUCUAGUCCAUGUUUCUUCCUGGUCUAAUCCUGGUUUAGUCUUGGCUACUCUGGUCCAGGUUUAGUCCUGGCCUCUUCCUGAUUUAGUCUUGGUCUAAUCUUGGUUUAGUCUUGGUCUAGGUCUAGUUUAGUCCUGCUCUAAUACUAGUUUAGUCUUGGUCUACUCUGGUCCAUGUUUAGUCCUGUUCUAAUCCUGGUUUAGUUUGGGUCUAGGCCUGGUUUAUUCCUGGUCUAGUCCUGGUUUAGUUUUGAUCUAAUCAAGAUUUUAGUUUUGUCCUAAACCUGGAUUAGUCUUGGUCUACUCUGGCCCAUGUUUAGUCCUGGUCCAGUCCUGGUCCAGUCCUGGUCCAGUCCCGGUCCAGUCCUGGUCCAGUCCUGGUCCAGUCCUGGUCCAGUCCUGGUCCAGUCCCGGUCCAGUCCUGGUCCUUGUGUUAUAUAUUUCUGUAGUUUUUAAACUGGAUUGUGUUCGUGUGGAGAGAAUCGCUGCUUCCCGUUCUCUCUGUUUGUUUUUUGUUUGUUUUUUUAACGGUACACCUCAUAUCUGCUGACCGUGCACUUUUUAAACCAGGGUUUAUUCUGGAAGGUUUAACUCGGCUUUGGGGUUUAUUCUCGCCGUCCCUCGUUAACGACGCCGUCACUGCACCAUUUCACUCGUGUUUUUACUCCUGUCUAUUAAUGUGAAGAAAUAACGGCUUUUUACUUGAAUCUUUUAUUUCCAGAUCUCAUAUUUUGCGCUUGAAUCGGUCUGAAUGUCGUCGUGCCUUUUUGGUUUUUGUUUUUUGUUUUUCUUCUCGUCUUAAAUUUCAGCCCUCGAUUGUACUUUAUGCAGUUUCAGACGUGUCGGGCCGAACGCGCCUGAACAUGUGGAAAUGUGUAUAGAAAGUGUUUUAUCUUGUCAAAAGUAAUAAAUUUAUAACAUGAAUCGCUUUUAAA